GCGGAGGGGCGGACUUCCGGGAACGGCACUUCCUGUUUCCGGGAGGGCCCGGCGGGGCGGGGAGCGGCGUGGGGCGCAGCCGCCAUGGAGAUGCAGUCGUACUACGCGAAGCUCCUGGGGGAGCUGAACGAGCAGCGCAAGCGGGAUUUCUUCUGCGACUGCAGCAUCAUCGUGGAGGGGCGGAUCUUCAAGGCGCACAAGAACAUCCUGUUCGCCAACAGCGGCUACUUCAGGGCCCUGCUGAUCCACUACAUCCAGGACAGCGGGCGGCACAGCACCGCGUCGCUCGACAUCGUCACGUCCGACGCCUUCUCCGUCAUCCUGGAUUUCCUGUACUCCGGGAAGUUGGAUCUGUGCGGGGAGAACGUGAUCGAGGUGAUGUCUGCGGCCAGUUACCUGCAGAUGACGGACGUGGUCAACUUCUGCAAGUCGUACAUCAGGUCCUCGCUGGAUAUCUGCAGGAAGAUCGAGCGCGAGGCCGCGUUCUACCAGGCUGACAGCGGCAGCUCGGCCAGGGAAGGGCCCUCACACAGCACCAAGGGGCAGAGCUCCAGCUCAGCACUGCGGGACAAGGACAGGACGGCAGAGUGUCACAGCGACCCCCCGUGUGGGGAGUGCGGCAGCUGCCAGCCCCUGCAGCUGGUGGGGAGGGAGCUCGGGGGCAGCGUGUCCCCGGACGAUGCCAACUCGUCCCUGCACAAAGGGGUGGAACCCAAGGUGGAGUUUGAUGAGGUGGAGGUGGACGUGGGGGGGCGGCUGCAGCAGUUCCCGGCUGCGUUGUCUCUGGAGCAGGCGGACGAGGGGCUGCACGGGGGGCAGGCGAUGGACCUGGCCUGCAAUAACUUCCACAUGAAGCAGUUCCUCGAGGCUUUGUUGCGUAACAGCUCGGCUCAAAGGAAGGAUGAUGUCGUUCAUCACUUCGUUCGGGGCUUUGAGGGUCGGCCGGAGGACACGGGGGUAGCCAUGAGCUCCAUGAUGGACAUUCACAGCGACUGGUAUGGGGAGGACACAGGUGAUGUGCUGGUUGUGCCAAUCAAGCUUCACAAAUGCCCGUUCUGUCCCUACACGGCCAAGCAGAAGGGAAUCCUGAAGCGACACAUCCGCUCCCACACGGGCGAGCGGCCGUACCCCUGUGAGACGUGUGGGAAGCGCUUCACUCGGCAGGAGCACCUCCGCAGUCACGCUCUGAGUGUGCAUCGAUCCAAUAAGCCGAUUAUCUGUAAGGGUUGCAGGAGAACAUUCACAAGCAGCCUGUCUCAAGGGUUACGACGCUUUGGUUUGUGUGACAGCUGCACUUGUGUGACCACCACGCAUGAGGACUCGAUGCCCAUUAACCUCAGUCUGAUGGAACCAUCGUCAGAGGGCCAGGAGAAGGGUGAUACGGAUAAUGACUGGCCCAUAUACGUGGAGUCUGGGGAGGAGAACGAUCCCGCUGAAGAUGAUGAUGCUGAGGACAAGCAGGAAGUCCACAGGAGCUUGGCAGACCGAGAAACACUUACGUAGCAGUGGGAGGAGGUGGGGGGGACUGAAAGUCUCUCUCUGACAGUGGUUGGUCUGCAGCAGAACACUUUGUAUUUAUCCAGCUCGUGACACUGAGUUGGUUUGUUGAUUUUCUUUAAAUUAUUAUUCAGUUUUUUAUUAGAAGAAUGGGAAGAAUUCAAAUUCUUUAUAACACUUUUAAGUUCUCAGUGCUGUGCACCAGAAUUUGUGAAGGAUCUGCCUGGGGUUCACAGAGGUUUUAUCUGCAAUCUCCAGCUGUGUCUCUGCCUCUCGGGUUCGAGGAGGAGGCGGUGUCCUGUAGGCAGAACCGCUGUUGUUUUUGAUAACAGGUUUCUUCAAAUAAAGAUGUUGUGCUCCUUAACCCCUGGUCUGAAAGGGGCACCAUCAUCUCUUUGAAGAUUCAAUUAGAAGAAAUGUGGCUUUCGUCCUUUUGACUUUUCUAAACGAAGCUGUGAUCUCUCUGUAUUAGGACAGCAUUAUCUGAACUGUAAACCUUGUGUCUUUUCAUAGACUUACUGUGACCUGGAAACCAGGGCAGGUGUGUCAGGAUAACAAAAAUAUGCUGCUGAUGAAAGCAUAAAGUGAGAAUAAAUACAUUUCACAUAUCCUUAGCUUACAAGAAUUUAGAGAACAAGUUUCUCUUUCCAAAUUGUUUUUACUCCAUCUUUGUCUUUCAGGAGCUCAGACCGCAGCUCUUCAGGUGUGUCCUUGAUGUCACUUAGACACGAGCAGUUUUGGCUUAAGCUGUUCUGAGCACAGGUUUGUUCAUGUCAAAGGAAAAGGCAAAUUUGCACAUUAAUUUUCCUAGCUGAAGAUCAGAAGGUUGUAACCAGACAUGGCUGAUGAACAGCAAUUCCUCCCACCUUUACAUGAAGUUUCUACAUUUAUUUUCUGUAACUUAAGCUGAGUAAGCUUUCAGAAGUUCCUAUUCCAGAUUGUCUGUACGUUUUAGUUUGUAAUAGCUGAACGGGAUGAGACAAAAAGAAUGCAGGGCUCUGUAGUCCCCUGUUACUCAUCUAACUCAUCUAAAUGAAGGCUGUCUUGUGAAGAUGAGCUCCUGAGCUCUGGAGCUGAGCUCCUCUGACAAUUUGGCUGGAGUUUUGGGUCUGAAGCACUUCUGGAAAUCAGAACAAAAUGGUGCCAGCAUAUUUGGAAAUGCCACCUGCAGCCCAUGAGCACCAGCAUUUUGAAUUGCUGUUCUGUUUUUGUUAAGUAUGUGCAACGUAUUCUUUUGGUAUCUGAUUAUCUGAUAUUGGAAGGAUUUCUGUGAGUAUGGACACCCAAAAAGGGGCAUUAUCUGUGUUUGUUAGGAGAUGAGCUCACUAAUGAAAGUGAGAUGAGAAUGUAAAUAGGGACCUGCAAUGACACAUAGUGACCAGGCAUCACAGCACAGCUGGACUGGUCCUUCUAGCAUGACGACGCCAAGUCAUUGUAAAUAGAGGCGACGAGAGCUGGGAUCAGCUGAGCGUGGUGUGGAGCUGUCAGGAGCUGAUCCUGCCCCACUGAGCUGUGCUGAGCAGCAGCGCAGCCAACUCUGAAACUGAAAGACGUUCAGAGGAGGGAAAGUGAAGCUCUUGUGAAAGUCUGUAGUAAAAGCUGCAGGAAUAACUGCAGAGACCUCCAGCAAUUUUCCUGCAAUCUGCUUUCUUUGGUCUUAGAGGUUGUUCUUGUGUGUCUUGUGCAUAGAGAACGGAGCUGUGCUAUGGUUUGUGUGACUCUGAGUAGGGGGGGGCUGUGCUGUUCGUGUUCCAGAUCGAAAGUGAGCACCAGAAUCGAUGUUUCCUGUUGAUCUGUCAUGUUGUGCUGCUUUGUUUUCAGCUGAGUCCUUCAGCUUUUGUAUUCAAUAGAAGCGGAUGGAGUUGAUCCACGUUCUUGUGCCCGAAUGUUCAUGUCAGUGUUUGCUGUGCUUCCCGUCCCGGUUUUUGAUGUUUUCCUGAAACCUUCCACUGUAAUUGCAGCCUCCACAAGCUGCGAGGCAGCGAUGUAGCUGUUAUAAAACAUUCACGUGGUGCUUAACCAACAAAUGAAAAAUGGUUCUACAAAACUCAUUUCUACUGUAAUCUCCUCAAAGUUCUUAAAGGCCACACAGACUGCAGGAGGAUCACGUGCUGCACUGCUGUCCAUAGUGCGUUCUACCUGUUGGUGCGAGACCUUGUAAAUCUUGCAGAUGUGGUUGUGUCGUUACUGAUGUUUUAUGGCACUUUCAUAGCUGGAGUCCUUUUGCCCACUUUAAGUGACCAAUUCUCAUCGAUCUUACCUUACCUGUAGAAGUGACUUAAGUAUAUUUGUGGAUCUCGGAGCAUUCUGGAGCGUUCUGAUUGUCUAGAAAAUAAAACUCUCAGAGGGUUGCUUUGGCUUU